AUGAGGUUAAACAUGAAAAUUAUAGUGCGUGCUGCUCCCCCUGCCAAAAUAACUUGUGGAAUCCUCAGGAACCGUGGCGAAAGCAGAAGAACCACAAUAAGUACGAAAGCUCAGAACAAAGAAACAAAAGUACUGGCUGCUGCAAAGGUGAUUGAUACUAAAUCGGAAGAAGAACUAGAAGAUUACAUGGUUGAGAUUGAUAUUUUAGCAUCCUGUGAUCACCCUAAUAUUGUUAAGCUCCUAGAUGCUUUCUACUAUGAAAACAAUCUCUGGAUCCUGAUCGAAUUUUGUGCUGGUGGAGCAGUAGAUGCAGUAAUGCUGGAGCUCGAGAGGCCGUUAACAGAGCCACAGAUCAAAGUGGUAUGCAGACAGACACUGGAAGCAUUGAACUACCUGCAUGAAAAUAAGAUCAUCCACAGAGAUUUAAAAGCUGGCAAUAUUCUUUUCACAUUAGAUGGAGACAUUAAACUAGCGGACUUUGGAGUAUCAGCUAAAAACACAAGGACAAUACAGAGAAGAGAUUCUUUUAUUGGUACACCGUAUUGGAUGGCUCCAGAAGUAGUAAUGUGUGAGACAUCUAAAGACAGGCCUUAUGAUUAUAAGGCUGAUAUUUGGUCUCUUGGCAUUACUUUAAUAGAAAUGGCUCAAAUAGAGCCACCUCAUCAUGAAUUAAAUCCAAUGCGAGUGCUUCUGAAAAUAGCAAAAUCGGAUCCGCCUACGUUAGCACAGCCUUCAAAGUGGUCAUCAGAUUUCAAAGAUUUUCUAAAGAAAUGUUUGGAAAAGAAUGUAGAUGCAAGAUGGAGUGCAACUCAACUUCUACAGCAUCCAUUUGUUACUGUUACUUCCAAUAAACCAAUAAGAGAAUUGAUUGCAGAAGCUAAGGCUGAGGUUACAGAAGAAGUUGAAGAUGGUAAAGAUGAGGAUGAAGAGGAGGAAACAGAAAAUUCUCUGCAGUUACCUACAGACAAGCGUGCAUCCUCUGACCUUAGUAUUGCCAGCUCCGAAGAGGAUAAACUUUCACAGAAUGCCUCUGUUCUGGAAUCUCUUUCUGAGAAAACAGAAAGUAAUGCAACUGAGGAGAAAAACAGCAGUAUAUUUCCAGAUGAUAAAACAACUGGAGAUGAAUCUGAGGAUGUUAAAUUUGAGAAAACAGCUGAUAACAUGUCUGAUACUGCUGUUGACAAUAUGAAAGUGCAGGAUAGUUCUGUGCCAACUGAUAAAGGUGAGCAAGGCAAAAUAUUGGCAAUUGAAAAGAAUACAGAAAGCCUAGAGGAAGCACAUGAAGAUAUUGAACCCCAGAAAGGAAAGAAAGAACUUGUUGUGGUUACCAAACCAGAAAUAAAGGAUGAACACAACCUAAAAAUAGAGAAAGAAAAAGAGAUGGGAAAUAAACAGACAGAAGAAAAUAAGCUGAUAAUAGCACCCACAACUGAAAACAGCAUUGAAACUGGAGAAGCCUUUUCCAAGGAAACUGGUGAAAAAGAAGAGAAGGAAAACAGAGCAGAUCUUCCAGAAAAUAAAAAUGGAGAGGUCACUGCAGAAAAUGCUACAGAGCAAAAGGAAGUUAAAGACGAAGCUCAGAAAGAGGUGAUGAUAGACUCCACUACAGAAAUUCUAGCUAGUGCUGAGGAUAAAGUGGCUGAUGAAGAAAAGGAACUAAUAAGCCAUGGAGUUGACAAUAUUCAGGAGAUAGGCAGAACUGGUGAAACUCAGAUCAGCGAUGGGGACAAAAUACCUGAGACAGAGGAUAAACUAAUGGAAAGUCAGCCUAAGGAGGUCCAUGAGAUAAACAGCUCUGAAGAAACGCUGUCUAAAAGCCAAGAUAAGGAAAUCAAAGUAGACAAGAAACUGGAAGAAGGUGAGAAUGAGGAUAUUUGUAAAAUAAGCAGCACGGAGGAAAGAGAGACCAAAGACUCUGGAAAAGAAAACGCAGACCAGAAGGCAAUAGAGAGUAAGACUGAAGAUGUUCCUGAGAAAGCGGUGGAUAAACCAACUGAGAUGGACCAGGAUUCAGAAGGGCACAGACCUGAGACUAUCCUGAAAACCAGUACUCAGGUAGACAAAGAACAUUCAGAAAUUACCUCAGAUGAAGUAGUGAAGAAUAAGCUUCGAGAUGCAGCAGGUGAACAAGCUGAUGACUCUGAACUGACUCCAGUUCCCAGUAUUAGCAUUAGCACUGAAGAAAAUGAGGAAAAAGUCAAAACAGAUAACCGAGACCAUACUGAAACAUUACAGCAGCUGGAAUCAGAGACUCUAAAGGAAAAUGAUGCGGAUUCAGGCACUGGUUCUGCAGCUGACAACAGCAGCAUAGAUUUGAACUUGUCCAUUUCUAGCUUCCUCAGUAAAAACAAAGAGACAGGAUCAAUAUCUUUACAAGAAACUAGAAGACAAAAGAAAACAUUAAAGAAAACUCGCAAGUUUGUAGUUGAUGGAGUAGAAGUGAGUGUGACCACAUCAAAAAUAGUUACUGAAAAUGACUCAAAAAGUGAAGAAAUGAGAUUUCUACGGCGUCAAGAGCUGAGAGAGCUAAGACUUCUUCAGAAGGAAGAGCAGAGAGCUCAACAGCAGCUCAGUAAUAAACUCUUGCAACAGCGAGAACAGAUGUACAGACGUUUUGAACAGGAAAUGACAAGUAAAAAGCGACAGUAUGAUCAAGAAAUAGAAAAUCUAGAAAAGCAGCAGAAACAGACAAUAGAGCGCUUGGAACAGGAACACACAAAUCGUUUACGAGAUGAAGCAAAACGUAUCAAAGCAGAACAGGAGAAGGAAUUGUCCAAAUUCCAGAACAUGUUGAAGAACAAAAAAAAGGAGGUUUUAAGUGAAGUGGAGAAAGCACCAAAAGAGCUGAGAAAAGAGCUCAUGAAACGCAAGAAAGAGGAGCUUGCACAAAACCAGCAUGCUCAGGAGCAGGAAUUUGUGCAGAAGCAGCAGCAAGAACUGGAUGCGUCGCUGAAGAAAAUUAUUCAGCAACAAAAGACAGAACUAGCCACUAUUGAACGAGAUUGCCUCAACAACAAACAGCAGCUCAUGAGAGCUCGUGAAGCUGCGAUCUGGGAGCUGGAAGAGCGACACUUGCAAGAAAAACAUCAGCUCCUCAAACAGCAACUCAAAGAUCAGUACUUCAUGCAGAGACACCAGCUACUUAAGAGGCAUGAAAAAGAAACAGAGCAAAUGCAGAGAUAUAAUCAACGACUUAUUGAGGAGCUAAAGAAUAAGCAAACUCAGGAAAGAGCAAGACUGCCUAAAAUCCAACGAAGUGAAGCAAAGACUCGAAUGGCUAUGUUCAAGAAAAGUUUAAGAAUCAACUCAUUAGCUUCUCCAGACCAAGAUCGUGAAAAAAUUAAGCAGUUUGGUAUUAAAGAAGAAAAGAGACAAAAAAAUGAGAGACUGGCUCAGCAUCAGAAACAUGAAAAUCAAAUGCGGGACCUUCAGUUGCAAUGUGAAGCAAACAUCAGAGAGCUGCAUCAAUUACAGAAUGAAAAAUGCCAUCUACUGGUUGAACACGAGACUCAGAAGCUAAAAGAGCUAGAUGAAGAGCACAGCCAAGAACUGAAGGAAUGGAGAGAGAAAUUGAGACCAAGAAAAAAGACAUUGGAAGAGGAAUUUGCUAGAAAACUGCAAGAACAGGAAGUUUUCUUUAAAAUGACUGGAGAAUCUGAAUGCCUUAAUCCUUCAACACAAAGCCGGAUUUCCAAAUUCUAUCCAAUCCCCAGCCUUCACUCCACUGGCUCAUAACUCUGGGAACUGCUGUAGGUUUUUCAUAUUUGGAAUUCUCCACCCUCAUCAUCUAACCAGAUAUAACCUGCAAUGUACAGCAAAGGACUGUAGCACUCUUUGUUUUCAGUGGAGACAAUCAGUGUCACUAUCAGUUUUUUCCUUCUCCUUCGAAUGGAAGAAAACAAAAAAGGAGAACGGACGUUGGUGUAUAUGGCAAUGUGAUGUCCUUCAGAUGUUUCAAGAAUAAGCGGAUUUUUUAAAUCUAAGACUCAGAAAGUACGUUACCAAUGGGUUUGGCUUCAAGUAAGUGACCCUAAAAUAAUAUAAUCUUUAUGAUCACAAAGAAAAAAAGAUUUCUCAUGUGAACAUUUAAAUGGUGUAAUCCUAGUCCUACUACUGUGUUUUUAAAUAUCUGAUUUCUCCACAACAGAAUUCCAUAAUGGAAACUGCCAUAAGAGGUUUAAAAUAUUGUAAUGUUGAGUAGUGUCUUCGUAACAAGGACUGAAACUAGUUACUCAGAACAUGCCAGUGAUCAGAAGAAUGAGCCCUUAUGUUUAAACAUAAUUGGUAAGAGCAAAAGCCUUUACAGCUUCCUAAAAAAAAAAAAAAAAAAACAAACACAAACAAACCUCUGGCAUAAAUUAAACUGAGCAGAUCUCCAUUGCAUACUAUGUCCUUUAAUUCUAUAACGAAAUGGGGUGCUAGUUUAAUUAAUACAGUGCCUGAAACACUUACAUAUGCUAAUCUUGGCAAAAGGAUAGUGUUUUGUCAUUAAAAAAAAAAAAAAAACCUCCUUAAUGUUGUUGUUACUGUACAAAACAGAAGAAUUCUUGCUGCUACUGCCAUUUUUGUCAUAAGUCCUCACCCUAAAAUAUUUUGCACUAAAAUAUGUAAAGGUGAAAAAAAUGCUAACUUUAAAAUGCACAGUUUAUUGCUUUCCUUAGCUAUUACAGAUGGUUAGUUCUACAAAUGGAAAAACUGUAGGAUGUAUUUUUUAGGACACGGUGUGCAAAAUGCACAUGGUUUCUCUAACUUUACCUGGAAUAGGUAAAGCCAUCUUUUUGUUCUUAACCAAAGCCUGUUCAUUUAAGCUCCUCAGAAAGUGGAGGUGGAUGGUCAUAUUUAUAAAUAACCAUGCCUGAAGUCUGAUUCAAUUAGAAGUGUUGGACUUGAUUUUUUUUUUUAUUUUAGUCCUUCUAUUUUAUAGAAAGAUUUAAGUUAAAUAUAUAGACAAACUACAAAGCUGGGUUUUUUGCUUUUGUUUUGCUACAUACUAACAUACAUGGUUUUUAUUUUUCAAGUUCGUAGAUGUAUAAUAAGUUAUUUACCUGACUGAUCUGCAGUGGAAAAAAUCUGAAAUGCUUCUCGUAUAGCUGGUGGGGAAAUAUAACUGUAUUAGGUCACUUUUAGUGCACUCCUUUUAACGGUUAGAAUUUGAGUCAUAUCAAGACAGUAUUAUAAGCUGUACUUUGGUAUGCCAAAGUUAAAUUUGUAAAAUAGUAUUUGCUUUCUGUCACUUGAGGCCUAACUUUCUAGUCUCUUUGGGUAUCGACUGUAAACAUUUCCUUUUUGUUUUGCUAGCUUGCAUUAAAUGUGAGCCUGGUGAACAUUA